CUCCUCCGCUUCCCAAGUUCAACAGAUCAGUUAAAACGUGACAAAUUCCCUUCCAACAAAAAUACUGGUAAAUACAAAUUAAAAACCGAAAAACCAGAGAAAAAAAAAAAAGUACUCCAGCAAGUUAGAACAUGAAUGUCGGUGGCGGAGGUACAGAUGGAGCCGCCGGCGAAUCAUCUUCGGCAGCUUCAUCGGCGAUUUCGAAAUGGGUUUUCUCGAUGUCACGGGGUUACCAACAUAUGCUCGACAAAUCGACGCCACAGGUGCUCAACCGGUGGAUCUUCUUGGUGGUGAUCGCUUUCAUCUACACCGUACGCGUGUACUUCGUUGAAGGAUUCUACAUCAUCACCUAUGGGCUCGGAAUCUACGUCUUGCAGCUGUUGAUCGCCUUUCUUUCCCCUCAGGUGGACCCGGAGUUCCAAGAACUCACCGCCGACGAUGGACCCUCUUUGCCCACUCGCGGCUCCGACGAGUUCCGCCCCUUUGUUCGCCGCCUCCCUGAAUUCAAGUUUUGGUAUUCACUCACAAAAGCCUUCUGUGUUGCAUUUGUGCUGACUUUUUUCAGUGCGUUUGAUGUACCUGUGUUCUGGCCAAUUUUGUUAUUCUAUUGGUUGGUUCUAUUCAUUUCAACGAUGAAGAGGCAGAUAAUGCACAUGAUCAAAUAUAGAUAUGUGCCCUUCACCUUUGGUAAACAGCGUUACACCGGGAAGAAAGUAGUUCCCUCUGAUGACGCUAGCAUUUCCAGGCCUUGAUGGUUCAGGUAAAGAUGGAAGACUUUUACCUAUAUUUUAGGUUGUUUAGGCGGCUAUAAUCUUCAGCAAGGGAAUUUCAUAGUUAUUCCCGAAGAAUUCUCCAAGUAUCUUAUUUUUGCAGUGAAGGAUAAUUUAGUUUUCUGGUGCCUCUAUGCUCAUAUAGAACACCUUUUUACUUCUAACUGAUAUGACACUUAUUCCAUUACAUGUCAAUGUAAAUGCAGAACGAUUAAAUCCUAAAAUGUAUUGUACUAUUCACAGAUAUUUUAGUAUCUAGCUUUCCUUGCUCUCCUAUUUUACAA